AUCUUUCAUAGUCCACACCGCAAAGAUGGCGACCGCUUCAUCGACGACCCUAGUCAUUGUCUUCACAAUUUCCCUUCUCUUGGUCGGUUUCCAAGAGGUCCAUGCAGACUAUUACCGUCCAAGGCCACCAGUUACACCUACCCCUUAUGUCCCUACGCCACGGCUCCCACUCCCGAGCCCCAAGCCUGUUUAUCGGCCACCUACUACCCCAAGGCUACCCGUUGGCUCAAUCGCUAGAUUGUUUCUUGACCCACAUAACGCUAUUCGGUCCAGACUAGGGUUGUCUCCAUUGGUCUGGGACGGCAAGUUAGCGAGCUACGCGACAUGGUGGGCGAACCAAAGGCGUUAUGACUGCUCAUUGUCCCACUCCACGGGACCAUACGGUGAGAACCUGUUUUGGGGAAGUGGCUCGGACUGGACACCAGGUUUUGCGGUGCAGUCAUGGGUCGUUGAAGGAAGGUCCUACGACCACAACACAAACUCGUGUGACGGAAGUGGAAUGUGUGGUCACUACACUCAGAUGGUGUGGCGUGACACCAAAAGGCUUGGGUGCGCGCGUGUGGUGUGUGAGAAUGGUGCAGGAGUUUUCAUCACUUGUAACUACGACCCACCGGGUAACUACGUUGGAGAGAAGCCUUACUAAAAAGGACAUCAAACACUCUUAAAAAAAAAGGGGUUGUCUUUCUACUUGAUUUCAAUUAAUUUCUUAAUAUUUCCACUUUCCAAUAUCUUCGUAAAUUGAACUUUUCGACAGAUAUCUAAUUUGUAUGGAUCAUCGUUAUGUUUUUUUUUUUGGUAACAAAAAAAUUGUUCUUGUCGUACGUUGCAUUUUGGUGAGUGGGAGUCAAGUUGCGUUUUGGUAUUUGGUUCACAGUUGUUUUGUGUUUGUGUGUGACCAAGCUUUACUAAUUUCUUUUGUGUUCUAAAAGAUUCAUCAUAUAUGGGGUCACUAUGUCUUAACAUAUGAAUAUGACUUCGUUGAUGUGUUGUUGGAGUUA